UACCCCAUCUUCCAAUAAUCCAAUCCAAUACAUCCCAAUAUCAAAUGUAUAUAUUACCAAAUAAUAUAUAUAUAUAAAAGCGAAUUUUGAUUUAUCUUUUUAAUUAUUAAGGUAGUACAGUAUUAUACUAAUCAAAGACAAUACCUUCAAUGGCUAUGGAGGUGGGAGGCAUAGAAGAACUCCCUCUCUCUUACCCGCAUCCUCCACCACAUUCUACUCCACCUCCUACACCGACAUGGCGGUACGAGGUCUUUCUCAGCUUUAGAGGUCAGGACACCCGCUACAACUUCACUGACCAUCUAUACGCAGGUCUAGUUGAGAGGCGCAUUAAGGCAUACAGAGAUGACAAAAACCUAGAAAAAGGAUGUUGCAUCACCAAAACACUUCUUCGAGCAAUCGAAAGAUCUAGAACAUCGAUCAUCGUCUUCUCCAAGAAUUAUGCUGCAUCAAAAUGGUGCUUGGAUGAGCUUGUAAAGAUUGUUAAGUGUAACAAGCUUCUGGGACACAUGAUUUUUCCAGUUUUCUAUGAUGUAAGACCAUACCAUGUCGCUGAACAAACUGGUCCUUACAAGAAAAUCUUUAGAGAUCAUGACAAGAAUUUCAAGAAGCGAAGAGUUGAUAAGUGGAGAAAUGCUCUUAAAACAGUUUGUGGUAUAAGUGGAUGGGACAAGCCAAAUGAUAUGUCCGAGUCAAAGCUCAUUAGAGUAAUUGGAAAAAAGAUACUAUAUAAACUGAAAAAGGCUGGCCCAAGUGUUGACAAGCAACUACACCAAUUGAAGUCUAAAUUAGAGGAAAUGAAACUCAAGUUUUAUGAAGAAUGCGAAGAAAUUGGCACUAUAAAAUUUUGCAGUCUGCAAUGGGAUAGAAAGAUAUGGGAUAGUACAAGAGAAAGCAAUCUCAGAAGGAAAAAAUUGCAAAACAAUAAACAAGUACAUGUAAUUGUUCAUGAAGUGGAUAAACUAGAGCAAUUGGUAUUUUUUGCUAGAAAGCAAGAUUGGUUUGGUCCUGGAAGUAGAAUAAUCAUAUCGGUUGGCAAUCUGAAUGAAAAUAUGAUGAAUGUGCUUCACAUAAAUAUCGACGGACAAACAAACAGGGAUAAGAAAUUAUUUUUGGACAUUAUAUGUUUCUUCGAGGAGAUGAAUGAUGAUAAUGUAAUGAGAAUUAGGAAAUUACUACUUGAUUGUGGUUUCCUAGGAAAAGUUGGAAUGAAGGUUCUUAUAGAUGAAUUUACCAUAACUAUUUCUGAUACUGACAAUUUGUUGCUGCGUGAGCAUAGAAGACUCAACGUUUUGGAAAUAGAUUAUGGAGUUCUCCCUCUAAAGGCCAAUCCGACUAAAGUUCCUCAAAUAGAAGUGCAAGACUCUGAAAAAUCCUCCAAGCCAGAUAUUAAUCCACAGAAAGAAAACUUUUCCCAAAAGAAAAUAGAAAAGGAACCAACACCACCUGGAAGGGAAAUUGGAUUGGCUCCUGAUAAGAAUCUUCAAUCCAUUGAGAGAAGGCAAGAGAUAUUGGUACCAAAUCGGUUUGUUAAGACUGAAAAAGUUGAAGAAGAAGUAGAAGCAACUCCUCUGCCCAGUGGCACUUUGUCUUUGCAAGAACAGAAAGAAGCAUUAAGAGAAUACUUCAACAUGUCAUUAGAAUCCAUUCAUCAAGCUAAUGCCUUUGAUGUCAUUGAAAAAGUUGCGAGUAACCUUAUGCAUAAUGUUCCAAAUUUAUCUGCGAAGGCAAGUCUAGAAAAUGUUAUUUCUCGUUUAGUAGAGUUCAAAGAGAUUGUUCCUGUGGCUAAGACUGAAGCAGAAACAACUCAAGCCCAAAGAACAUCUCUUUUGGAGAAGUCUAGAAUGUUGAAUUCAAGUCUAGUUCAAAAACAAGAAGAGAUAAAUUCUUUAAAGGAUAAGGUUUGCAGUCUUUCAGAACAAGUGGAGAAACUAGAAAUUGAAAUUCAGCAGUUGAAUGACAAGAAAGAGCAGCUUCAAGAGGAUAAGAAGUCUGCUGAACAUGAAUUGGAAAACACUAGUAAAAUGGUAUCCGAGAAUUUGAAAACACAAGAGAAGAUGGAGGAAGAUGUCAAGAAAGCAAAUUCUGAUUGGUAUAAAUCAAAAGAAAAACUAGCUUUGGCUAAUGCAAGCUGGAAACUCUUCAAAGAAUGUGUCGAGUUAUAACUGUCUGCAUCAAAUUAAGCACAUUCUGUUGAACUGUCUAAUCCCUCUUGUUAUAGAUCAUUUACAUAUUUGGUGUAGUCAUUUUCUUUUAUUUGCUAAGCUUAAGGCUUGUUGUCUACUUGUUUUUCAUUCAAUGUUUUGAUCUUGCUAAUAUAGUACAUUCCGUACAUGAAAAGCCAGAGGAAGCUUCUGAUAAAUUGAAUCAUGACUAGUUGCUCCUUGUUAUGUACUUGUUUUUAUCAAAGAGAAAGCCAUAAUUCCUUGUUUUUAUGCAA